AUGGAUAACAACCAAAGUUCGAAUGCUACGGAAAACAUUUCAGUCGUCAGCACCGAAAUCUCUCUACCACGUAUUGCUCGCUUUUGGAUUCUUCUUCUAUUUGAUAUUCCAUCCACAGCUUGUGCAUUAUUUGUUCUCUUCUGUAUCCUUACUGAUCGAAGCUUACGUUCUAACAUCAAGAAUCAUGUUCUGGUUAUUUUAUUGCUUAUUGGCCUAGGUUCUCAAUUAAUUGAUGUUCCUGUGUAUCUCAAUUUUAUCGCUCAUUCGAGCGUUGUUUCAUCGAAUCCAUCGAUUUGUCUCUUGUGGUGGUUUGUGAAUAUUGGUAUGUACGAUGGAGGAGCCAUACUUAUGGCUUGGACUGCUUUUGAACGACAUAUUAUCGUAUUUCAUGAUCAAUGGAUUUCAACAAGAAAGAGACGCAUCAUAAUACAUUAUUUCCCAUUACUUUUUUUAAUCCUAUAUAUUUUUAUUUAUUAUAUUUAUGCCAUUUAUUAUUUUCCUUGUGAGAAUACUUAUGACUACACAUUGCCACUCUGCGGUGGGUUUCCAUGCUAUGCAUAUGAUCCGAUCAUGGGCAUGUGGGACUGGAUUGCCAAUAUUGCGUCACCAACAUUUCUUGAAGCAUUGCUGAGUUUGGCUUUCCUUUUUCGAGUCCUCUGGCAGAAGCGUCGUUCUCAUUUACCAAUCCAAUGGCGCAAGCAUCGCAAAAUGACAAUGCAGCUCAUGUCUCUGUCUUCUCUUAACAUGGUCUUCAAUGUUCCACUUAGUAUUAUUAACAUAGCCUACUUUUGUGGUUUAUCAAAUGAUAUUGGAGUCCAAGCGGCCCAGUAUUUCACAUUUCUUUGUUAUUUUGUCAUUUUUCUCUUUCCUUUUAUUUGUCUAGCAUCGAUAAGUGGCGUUAAGAAAAAAUUUUUAGAAAGAAUACUUCGUCGUCAACGACUACUAAUUCAACAAUUUACGGUCACGGUCAAACCUGCUAAUUUCAGUUUACAUACAACCAUUCGACAUUGA